GGGAGUAUUGACGAGUUAUGGCAUUCUCAAAAACUUAAAAAAACUUGUGCACAACAUUACUUGCUAAAAACUAAAGUAAAGUAAAACGAAUACCAAAAUCAGGAUUUAUCUAUGGAAUAGUACCACAGAAUACAAUUUAAAGUGUUUUUUGAAAGAGUGGCAGUUAUAAAAGGGAGGGGACAUCAAUUUUCCAAUGUUUUCAAUGAUGUGAAACGUUGUUCAACACAAAAUGGACAGAAAUUUAUUGAUUAUCAUUUUUGCCGCUGCGUUUAUUGCUAGUCUUAUGUUUACAUCAUAAUUUCAGUAAAAAAAGUUUAGUGAAAAUUGUUUUGGGUACGAAACUGUUUUUAUAUUUUUUUAUUUAUUUAAAAUAAUUAAAUUUGGUGUAUUUACCAAACGCGCGAGUUGUGAUUGCUAUUUAAAAUAACUCAUUUCAAAUGCAAUUGUAUCGCGUUAGUAACAGAUUUUGACGACUGUGACGUUUAUUAUUGUAUAUUUUUAAAUUAUUCUGAAAGAUAUAUCACAUUUAUUUUAAAAAUUUUAACGAAAAACGAAAGUAGAGAUGGCUUCUGCAAGUUCAAUGUCUAAUAAUGUAGAAAAUUUAUCACCACAAAUCAUACGAGGAGUUGUAAAAGAAAUGCAGGAAUUAGUAGGCUGUCCACCUGAAGGAAUAAAAGUUCAAAUCAAUGAAGAAGAUGUUACUGAUAUACAAGCAGUUAUUGAAGGCCCUGCUGGAACUCCUUAUGUAAAUGGUUUAUUUCGUGUAAAACUGGCAUUGAGUAAAGAUUUUCCUCAGUCUCCUCCAAAAGCAUUUUUCUUAACAAAAAUAUUUCAUCCAAAUGUAGCAGCAAAUGGAGAGAUAUGCGUUAACACACUAAAAAGGGAUUGGAAACCAGAUCUCGGUAUUAAACAUAUACUUCUUACAAUAAAAUGCCUAUUAAUUGUUCCAAAUGCAGAAUCAGCAUUAAAUGAAGAAGCAGGAAAACUUCUAUUAGAACAUUAUGAUGACUAUUCCCAAAGAGCCAAAAUGAUGACUGAAAUUCAUGCUCAACCUCAGAAAUCACAAAAAAUUGGAGUUGUGGAGGGCCCAUUAGCAAAAAAACAUGCUGGUGAUAAAAAAUUAUCAGCUGAGAAAAAGAAAAUUCUUAAAGAGAAGAAAAGAACUCUAAAACGUUUAUGAGAAUCUGUUUAGUUUAUUUUUUAAUAUGACCUUUCGAAUUCACUGACUGUUGCUGAUGACCUUGAUUUUCCUUCACUUUCCGGAUAGUAUGGUGGAAACUGUCUACUUUUAAAGUAUGACUUUGUGCGGGUGCGAAACGUGAGCGGUGGACGUGACGAAAAGAAAAAAGUUAUUAGAAGCAUAUGUAAGGUGGUGUUAUAGCAGGAUGAUAAAAAUACCGUGGAUAGAUAGUUAAAAAUAAAGUGUUCGAAAAUACAGAAUAGAGUUUUUAUAGAACUCAACAAGUAAGCAUAUCCUCUGAGACAUGGAGGGCUAGUUAGGAAAUAGUAGAAGCAGAAACAAGGGUAAAUAUUAAAUUGCUGUUAAGAAGUGGAUAGGGAUGUGGGAUGUUGUAGAUUUCAAAGAUUAACUCAGAAUAUGAAGAGCACGUAUCCAACCAUUCUUUCAAACGACGAGUUCAGGAUGGUGGACUUA